AUGGCGUUCAACGUGGAACUCCAGGUGCGGCUGAAGCCGGGAGAGGCUCCCAAGCCUGUGCUGUUGGAGGUGCACCCCGAUUGGGCGCCCAAGGGCUGUGAGCGCUUCAAGCAGCUCGUGGAGUCCGGAUUCUACACGGCCGCCCGCUUCCACCGCGUUAUCCCGAGCUUCAUCGCCCAGGUGGGCAUUGCCGCGGAUCCGGCAGUCUAUGCAAAAUGGGGCAACAGCCCAAUACCAGAUGAUCCUGUGAAGGAGAGCAACAAGCGUGGCACCGUGAGCUUCGCCAUGAGGGGCCCGGACACACGCAGUUGCCAGAUCUUCUUCAACUACAAGGACAAUGGCCCUGAUCUCGACGGCCAGGGCUUCUCACCGAUCGCAGUGGUCAAAGCUGGCAUGGAGGUCAUUGAUCAGCUGGUGGUGCCGACGGGCAAAGGACCCGAUCAGCCAACACUGAAGGAGCAAGGCAAUGCGUACCUGGACAAAGCCUUCCCAGAGCUCAGUGAGAUUGUGGAAGCCAAGAUCCUAUAA